UGUGUGGUAUACAGCGCUCGGGUUACACGGCGCUUCGCCCGCUCUCAGGUUCACUUCCAUUCAGCCCGUCUGAUAGUGGAGGUCGCUGAGCUGGGGGUCAGUGGAGCUGCAGAAUGGCCUCUGUAGCUGCGGUCCGGGCGGGUUUCAGAGCCGCGGGGAGGGAGCUGAAGAGCCGGGUCAGCGGGCAGCAGCAGCUCGGGCCCUUCCGGAGGAUCUCAACUCGUGUGAUAUAUUUUGUGUGUUUUGGCUCAAAUCAGGCUAGAAAGACUGCAUUCCUGGCUGCUAUACCUGCUCUAUCUUACCUGGGAUAUGAGGCUCACAAGAAAGUGUCGUUUGCAACCACAGUCUACGCACUUGACAAAGCUGACGAGGUUAUAGAACGAGCAGAUUACCUGUACAGCUGUGGAGAGACUGAGAAACUCUACCAGCUGCUGCUGCAGUAUAAGGACAGUGAUGAUGCUGAGUUCUUGUGGAGGCUGGCACGGGCUUCACGAGACCUUGCCUUAGUACCCAACGUUGCUGCUGACCAGAAGAAACAGCUCACCUAUGAAGCCUUUGACUACGCCAAAAAAGCACUGGAGAAGAAUGAAGCCUGCUUUGCUGCACACAAGUGGUAUGCCAUCUGCCUCAGUGAUGUGGGUGAUUAUGAAGGAGUCAAAGUUAAAAUUGGAAAUUCCUACAUAAUUAAGGACCAUUUGGAGAGAGCCAUAGAGCUGAAUCCGAAAGAUGCUACAUCUAUCCACAUCUUGGGUUACUGGUGUUUCGCCUUUGCUGAGUUGCCGUGGUACCAGCGUAAAGUUGCAGCGGUUAUAUUUGCAUCUCCCCCCACUGCUACAUACGAAGAGGCUUUGGCUUAUUUUCUGAAAGCUGAAGACGUGGACCCAAAUUUCUACAGCAAGAACCUUCUGAUGCUGGGAAAGACCUACAUGAUGCUUAAGGACCAGGACAAAGCUCUUCUUUGGCUCCAUAAAGCACGGGACUAUCCAGCAAUAACAGAGGAGGACAAGCAGGUUCAUAAAGAAGCACUGGACCUGCUGAAGAAACUCGGUGGCUGAUGGAAGUAUCAGACAGUCACUGAUAGUACCAGAUAUCACACAGAGCUGGACCCAACACAUUGUUUCUAAUGUUUUAGUUUUCCAAGCUGUAUUUUUAAUUCUAAAAGCCUUAAAAUAAAAAGUUUGAUUGUAUUCUAAGGUAACAGUAAUAAAAUGUAAAUAGUUUUAACUGCA